AUGGAUACCUCCGAUUCCCCUCGUGUGGUAGCAAGCGAGGCCACGCCUCUGUUUCCUACAAAGGCCUCGAAGAAGCCUAAAACACCACUUCCAAAAUGCCAGAUAGGCAUACUUAUGAUGCUGCAGCUUGCAGAACCCAUCGCUUCGACAUCUAUAUUCCCCUACAUCAAUCAGCUUAUCAGCAAACUUGGAAUCAUGGGGGGUGACGAUGCGGCUGUAGGAUAUUAUGCUGGAAUCAUUGCACUGACAGUGCUCAGGUGGAGUAGACUGUCUGACCGCAUUGGGCGCAAGCCCGUGUUGGUAAUUGGUCUCUCAGGUGCUUGCAUUUUGAUACUGUGUUUCGGCCUCUCAACGACCUUCUGGAGUCUUGUCAUUAGCCGUUGCAUGUGCGGUUUUCUAAAUGGCAAUGUAGGAGUUAUGAAGACUAUGAUGGGGGAAUUAACGGACUCCACAAAUAUGGCUCAGGCAUUUGCCUUGUUCCCGAUUGUUGGGAGCCUUGGAGGCUUUGUCGGUCCUUUAAUAGGCGGAGCACUCAUGCGGCCACAAGAUCAUUGGCCCGCAUUAUUCGCCAAUCCAUUUUGGGGAAAAUACCCAUACUUUCUGCCUUGUGCAGUGGCAGCCUGUUUGUUCGUCCUAGCACUUCUCAUGAUGUUAAUAUUUUUAGAAGAAGUAGUGGUGUAUCACUGCAUCGACAAUCCAUGGCAUAUACCCCCUUGCGAUCUCUGCUUACACCUGCCAUUGUUGUUCCAAUUGCAAACUAUGCCAUGCUCGCUUUUCUUGACGUUUUCUUCCAAAGCUCUUUUUCCGCUGUUUCUUUCAACACCUACAUAUCUUGGCGGCCUUGGAUUUUCUCCUUCGUCUAUUGGCUUGUGGCUGGCAUUUUCUGGAAUCAUGGAUGGUGUCUUUCAGGCAUUAUUCUUCGCCAAAAUUGUUGAUCAAUUUGGUCCAAAGUGUCUAUUCUGUAUAUCAGUGUCAUGCUUCGCACCAAUCAUGGUCAUGUUUCUGAUAAUGACAUGGCUUGUAAACGCAAGGGGAGGAGUUGAUCAUGCAGUCAUGUUCACCUUGCUUUGCCAGCUAGUUCUGAUGGUUGCAUGGGAUAUGGCCUUUGUUGUAACCCACUUCAUUACAGGGACUGUCUUGAUGUUUGUCAUGGCCUCUGCCCCUACAAAUACUGUACUUGGCACUAUUAAUGGUCUUGGCCAGACCUCUGCAUCAACGGCUCGUGCAGUCGGCCCCGCAUUGGCGACUUCGCUCUUUGCUGUAUUGAAGGAAUGCAAUCUUCUUGCAGGAAAUGCCAUAUAUGUCGUUCUAAUUAUGCUGGCUGGCGUGUUGAGAUGGUUGGGGUCGCAGUUACCAGAUGAAAUACCAGAUAGGAAUGAGUGA